GUGACACACGUCAUAUGUUCAGCAGACGUCACCCAAUAUCUAUACAAUGACUGCGUCAUCGGGUGCCUAUUCGACCUUUGACCCGUAGUCAGCUGCUCGAACUUUACGUGAACCUGGACUCGUCGUGCAGAGAUAUCGGAUGGACACGCAGGAACAUGGGCCCAUCCCCAUCAAUUGGGAUGCUGAUCUAGAGGACCACAGAACCAGCCACAUCCCCAUCCUAGACUUCUCCUCCUACAGCCUACUGAAGGGAGCUGUGGAUGAGGAUGAGCUGCAGCCGCUGGCUACACAGCUGGUCCAGGCUUUCUCCACUGUGGGGUUUGUUUACCUGUGUAACCACGGGAUACCCGCAGCUCUGGUAUCGCAGGCAUUUGACUCUUCAAGCAGAUUCUUCGAGCUGCCAGAAGAGGUGAAGAUGAAGUACACCUUACCUCUGGAGAAAGCCAUGAGCCAUGGAUGGCUCCAUCUGGAGAGAGAGAGGGUGACGACUAAGCGGCCACCUGGCAUUAAGGAAUGCUAUGAUGUCAGACCACAGGUCGCCACGGAAAAGAUGUGGCCGAGUCAGGAGGUGCCAGAGUUCGAGCCGGCGGCCCUGCAGCUGUAUGACAAAUGUCGUCAGCUCAGUCUCAGGAUUAUAGAGCUGAUGGCCAGGGGACUCAACAUUAAGGAUGUGUCCCAUUUCCUAUCCAUGCAUGACAAGAUAGGAACAGCAGCUAACGGCACCAUGAUGCGGAUCCUACACUACCCACCCCUGCCGGAGCGGGUCAAGCCAGGGCAGAUCCGCUGUGCAGAACACACCGACUACGGAGAGAUCACCAUACUGUUUCAGGACGCAGUGGGAGGGUUGGAGGUACAGAGCUGUGAAGGAAAGUAUGUCCCUGCCCACCCCAUCCCUAACACUGUGGUGGUCAACAUUGGAGACCUCAUGCAACGUUGGACAGCAGACAAGCUGGCCUCCACGAUGCAUCGAGUACUUCUCCCAGAGACAGAAGAAGGACAGAAGAGCCAUCGAAGAUCCAUCGCCUUCUUUGUACAUCCCAACAAGGACACGAUGAUCACAAGUCUGGACGGGUCCAACAAGUACCCACCAAUCAAGGCUGGCGAGUACUUAGACGAGAGGCUUACAUCGACGUACGGGGGCCGCAAGUCUGAAGAAAAAACUGUCAAUUGAAAUUACAUACUAUAGAACUUCUAAAAAGCUAUGUUUCAAUGAUUGAAUUUAUCAUUGUAGUGUCCUGAUUGGAUCAAACGGUAUCCAAUGAUGAGGUACAAAAUAAAUGACAGAGGCUGUUGUAAUCUAAUUAAUGACAAAGUCAAUUUUGUCAGCUUUAUGAAGUGAUUGUAUUGCGGAACAUAAAAGUAAUGCUAGAGCACUGGAGCUGGCUGUUACCUGUAUGGCAUGGUUGGUCAAAUAAGAGCCAAUCAAAUAAGACUAUGUAAGAAUAAAUUUGAGCUUCUAGCUUUAUGAUUGGCUAAACAGAAUGUAGUAAUCAUUCACUGUGAUUUGAAAGUACACAUUCAAAGUCAUCCCUGCUUUUUGAUUGGUCAAGUACUAACCAAUCAUGUAACACAUGAAUUUUUAUCUCACACCUCAAGUUGGUAUUUCUUUUGAUGUUUACCAUUGGAUAUGAUGUGGGUGGAUUGUUUAUUGUAUAUCCUGGUGUCCUCUUAUUGUGUUUACAUACAGUGUUAUUAUAAAUACAUGUACAUAUAAAGCAACAGAUUUCCUAAUAGUAAGAGAAGACAGUGUGUUCUGCCAUUACGUUUUUAUACAUUGUACCAAGACAACAUCCAUAUGUGGCAUUUCAUUACUACUAAUAUGUGCACAUGUCAUGAAAUAUAUACAUGGGUAGUACCAA